GUCACCUGCCCAAAUAUGGUCACGAGGUCUCCAGAAAGCGGUGAGAUGUUGGCUCCGCCCCUUCCACGCAGAUCACGUGAGCGGUUACCUGCACUUCCGCCAUACAAAAGUUUGGCGCAGCUCAUCCGCGCUCCCUUUUUGUUUUUUGGCGUCUGCAGGUCAUCAAGGAUAAGCAUGGCAGAUGAAAAUUUUCAUUCUGGGGAAUCUGGGGCGUCCGCCACAUACCCCAUGCAGGCCUCAGCCCUGAGGAAGAACGGCCAUGUCAUGCUUAAAGGGCGCCCAUGUAAGAUUGUAGACAUGUCUACCUCCAAGACUGGCAAGCACGGGCAUGCCAAGGUGCACCUCGUUGGACUUGACAUUUUCACUGGCAAGAAGUAUGAAGAUAUUUGCCCAUCAACUCAUAACAUGAACGUCCCACAUGUGAAGAGGACAGACUACCAGGUCAUAGGUAACAAUGAUGGUUUUUUGAGCCUGAUGGACGACGCUGCAGUUACCAGAGAGGACCUGAAAUUGCCGGAAGGCGAUUUGGGCAAAGAAAUUGAGAAGAGAAAUGCAGCCGAUGAGAGUUUUCAUGUCACCGUGUUGAAGGCUAUGGGUGAGGAGUCGGUAGUCGGCGUGAAGGCGCAGGUCAAUUAAGCUGAGCUCCCCUUUUUGCUGCUACGCUGCCUGCCUCCAUUGCACAUUUUGGCGAAGAGCGUCACUGUUGCGUCACCUCUCAAGUGGAGCCGGAUUGGGGCAGGUUCCGUUUUUUUUUUUUUUUUUUUUUAAACCCCGCUACUUGCUCUCCAGUGACUGGCAGUCGAUGAAGUUUGCAUAAGAUUUCACCCAAAGCAUGGGGGGGUUAUUAUUACGUAUCUGGAUGAUUCCUAGACCAAAAAAAAAAGUCAUAGAUAUUUAUGGGCUGUUCAUGCACAAGUAAGUGAACAAUUCCAAAUUUAAAUUAGUCGAUUAAUGUCAGGCUAGACUGGCAGUUAAAAAAAACAUUGAAAGGUUUUUCCCCACCUCCUUAAAAAAUAAUUUAGAAGUUUGACACUGUUACAAACGUUGUCAUUUAACAUGCAUUCAUUUGUUAAAGCUGCAGAGUUAUGAAACGUUAGCCGCUCUCUUAGUGGCAGAAUUUUUCAUGUACAUUUGGCUGCUUUUUACGAAGACAAAAAUGGGACCAGUCAUUGUUAUCUUAGUUUCUCAUUUUGAAAGGUUUUGGGAGCACAGUCAACAAAGUGUGCGGGUAUUUUGUAGUCGUCGUUUUAAGUAGUGGGUGGAGGGAGAGUGCUACUACGUCUUGUACAUAGAAAACCUUUGGGGGCGGGUGGUCCUUUUUGGCUGCGUUUUUAACCGUUGUGGUGGUGUGUUGCAUAGUUACUGGACCUUGGCUGAAUGUUUAUGUUUCCGUGCCGAAACCAACUGGGAGAACGUGUUCAAUCUUUUCUUGACCAACUGCGAAUCUUCUUAACCCCUCCUCUUAACGAUGUGUGUAUAAAAUAGACUGUAUUUAAAGUAAAAAUGAAAAAAAAAAGUCACUAUGAAACUUCUGUUCACUUUGAUAAGUGUAAUCAACAAUGUAUUGGUUCCUUUCGCACAUUAGCAAAAUGAUUUAAGAUGUUUAGAUUUAGAUUUAGAUUUUUUUUUUUUCAUUUUUAAUUUCUCCACUUGUUUUGGGAGUGCUGUUCCAGAGAAUCAACUGAACAGAACACGAGGGUGACAGUCUAGCCUUCAUUGGAUUUUUAUUUUUUAUUUUUGCAAGGACAAGGCAUUUCAGAUUGCGUCCAUAGCACAGCAACAUCUUUGAAGCGUUCUUAGCCGUCAUCGCAUGCUAGAAACAAAAUGGGCAAUAAUGUCGAUUAAAGCAUCAGGUUGCAACAACUAAAGCAUACAACUGACCAGCAACGUGGUUCAGGUCGCAUCCCCAUCAACUCGUUACAUCGUAAUGAUUCCAAAGGAAAAUGCUGGAAUUGAACAAACUACGCUUUUAAGACAAAGUCCCUGUGAAGUAAAAAUGAAUCUUCUGAAUUGGAUAUGUUACAGGAGAGGCAUUGCUAACAACCCUGACAAUUUUUAAUUAAUAAAAAAAACAUUUGGCCAGUAGUGUUUUUUUUUUUCAUUUAAAAAAAAUCCCAAAACCCGAUAUGCUAUUUAGAAUAAUUUUUUUUUUAAAUGAGCAUAAAAAAAAUGCAUUGAGGCGCACAAAGCUAUCACUGAAUCAAAUUUCCUAUUGGCCAAGAUUUAACCCAACCAAUUUUACAUGCCUAAUUUUCUUAUCUUAAUGUUUGGGGUCUGUCACAAAUACAAUAAAAAAUCUUCAUAAAAUUAGAAAAAAAAUUCCUUGUACAUAAAAGUCCUUAUACACGCCCCCAAAAAAAUCCAAAACAAGGCCAACUGAAAUCUCGACAAUGGAGUACUUGGUUCCAUGCACAUUUUGAGUACCUCAAACGUGUCCGUCAAUUUAGAAUAACAUUUCAGUUAUGACUUUUUUGAAUUGAGGUCUUUCAUCGAGUCAGAAAAGGUCCAAAAUAAAUCCUUGUUCAUUCAGCGAGCUCUCGCAUCAGCCCAGAACAAGAUAACACGCACUUCCAACCGGAUGAUAUCUCAUUCAAAUGACGCCUUUGUUUGGAUGUGCCGUGAUAGUUUUCCCAGCAUCACCUGACGGGCCUCGAAGGCUCAAGGGUUUGGGGGGGGGGGGGGGGGCAGCAGACGCUGAUGGAAUGCACUGCCUUCAGGUCCUGCUCCUCCAGUUACGGCAACCUGAUCUCUGCUAGCCUCUGGGCCUCAACCGUGGCCAAUUCAAAGCGAGAACAGUUUUUAUGCAAAUUAGGCAGCGAGUUCUACCAGCGAUUCCUCAAAACCUUUCGUCCAUUGAAUCCUGCGUGAAAACACGCGUUAGGUCUUCGCGCCCUCGAGUUUAUUUCAACAGUUAAUGCGCACGGGGGGGGGGGGGAGAGUUUACAUUCAGUCAUGAGCAUUCAUUUUAGAGGAGACCGUUUUCUCAGGGCUUUGUGCUCAUUUGUCAGGCUGCAGUCAUAUACUAUUUUUUUUUUCAAAGGCAAUUCUUUGAUUGGUGGAUAUUGUACUUGUAUCAAUCAUAGGAUUCCAUAGCAUUGAUUUUUUUCCUUUCAGUGCUUGUGCUUGUUUUUGUUUUUUUUUAAACUCUGACUGUACUUUUACUGAGAUUUACCAAAUACUCCCAACAUUGUUUGUUAUAUCUGCAUGCAGUGUACAUCUGUUGUUCUAUUCUCAACUGUGUAAUUGGUCAAAAUGGUUUUUCUCUGGAAAUGUGACUGAGUGUUUUAAAAAGAAAGUCUAAACUGUCAUUGAUAGUGGGAAAAAUAAAGCUUAAUAAUUACAAUUA